AUGGUGCGAAAAUUACAAGUCGCCGUUUCUGGACUGGGCCGGAUGGGAGCGCGCCAUGCGCUGCAUUUCCUGGGCAAGACGCCACGAGCAGAAUUGGUGGCAGUAUGUGAUCCGGACCCGCGCUGCCAAGAGUGGGCACAGAGGAACCUGGCCCAUUAUGGCACGAAGAUCUUCAACGAUUUCGACGAAAUGCUGGCGCACCCGGGCAUUGAAGCUGUGGUCAUCGCCACCGUCACCACCACGCAUGCCGAGCAGGCCAUCAAAGCCAUCGGUGCGGGAAAGCAUGUGCUUUGCGAGAAGCCACUCAGUACAAGCGUCGAAGUCAGCCAGUCCGUCGUCGACGCCGCCAAAAAACGACCCGACCUGAAAGUCAUGUGCGGCUUCAGCCGGCGCUUCGAUGCCUCCUACCGCGACGCUUGGGCACGUAUGGACCGAGGCGACAUCGGCCGGCCAGCCAUCAUCCGCUCGCAGACAUGCGACAAGCUCGACCCCUCCGGCUUCUUCGUCGACUACGCCCAGUUCUCCGGCGGCAUCUUCGUCGAUUGCAACAUCCACGACAUCGAUCUGACGCUCUGGUUCUUCGGCGCGGACAGCAUCGUCAAAAGCGUGUACGCCGUCGGCAUCACCGCCGUGCAGCCCGCGCUGAAGAAAUGGGCGGACGUCGACAACGGCGUCGGCAUCGUGGAGUUCUGGGGUGGCAAGAUUGCCUACUUCUACGGCAGUCGAAUGAUGGCCGCCGGGCAGCACGACAUGACCGAGAUCAUUGGCACCGAGGGCAAGGUGGUUGUCAACGGUGCUCCGCAGACAAACCUGGUGGAAGUGCACGAGGCGUCGGGUGUCCGCCGCGAAAUCCCACCCAACUACUAUGGCCGCUUCGAACAGGCUUUCGUCAACGAGGCGAACGAGUUUACCGAGUGCUGUCUGGACGAUAAGCCCCUGCCCAUGAAGCUGUCCGCUGCGGUGCAAGCCGUUAAGAUUGGGUGCGCUCUACAGGAGAGCUUCAGGUCGGGGCUGAAGAUCGAGUUUGAUGAGAUUGGCAGUCGAGUUGGCGGAGAGCAGCUCCUUGCCAAACUGUGA